AUGUUUGAAUCUCUGAGUGUUUACGAACCCUCUGAUGAGUUCUUAUCUGCUCCAGACGCAGUGUUCCCCAGUCUCGACGAUGUUCAGUACGCGGCUGAGGAAGAAGACACACAGACGGAAUCUCUUUUCAUUUUGUCGACGCUUCUGGCGGAUUUCUUCAAACUUCGUGAGGAAGUAUUCGGCCUUUGGCAACAAUAUCAGGCUGGAUCUAGAGAUCUUGCUGCCGUUGCGGUAGCUACAAACACUGCCAUCAAGCUUGCUCAUAGCAUGGAAGAUGAGGUUUCCACGCAGCUGAAGAAGCUUGGUGGGGUGGAAGAGCUUAUCCCGAUGGUAUUUGGGGGCGCAUGUGCAGCUCGGGGGCUGCAUCCUGAGGAUAAACGUCAACCUACCGAUGACUACAACUACAGGUGCUACGCUGAGGCUAAUAUGUUCUUCUAUAACACUUUAUGCCUCCUGAACGCCUACAAGGGACAGGGUCUCUCUGACACGUGUCCUUCUUACAAUGGAAAGUUCGGCUGGUACAGAGACGAUCGCAAGGCUGAAGACGACCGGGAGCGCUGGCAAGAGGAUAAAGCGGCUCUGUUGGAGCUCUUUGCGGACAUGCAUGUCAUCGUCACGACGCUCAAGGGCAUCCAAGUUCAAGACGAGUUCGUCAAAGGUUUCAAGCAAAUGAUGCAGACGAAGAAAAUCCCCGGUGUCUGGCUUGCAUUUGGCGCACAGAUCUACCUAGACAUCCUCAAAUCCCUUGGUUCUGAAGUCCGCAGGGGCGAGGAAGAUUUGAAGAGGAUCACGAAUUCGAUUGGAGAUGUCGUCAGAGAGGCACCAGAGCUUAAGAGGAGUCGCCACUUCAAGGAGGCAAUUGAUGAUCUCCUGAUGUCGGUGGACCAGUGGGGCUCAGAUAAAGAUAUCUUCAACAUCAUACGGCAAGUUGGUGGUCUGCCAACCAGGCCAUCCAACUUUUUGAGUCACAAUCCGAUAUUCUGCGGUCUACACGUUCACGACAUAAGAACAGCAUUCCACCGGCUUGGUAUCGAGUUCGCAUCUAAGGGAAAUUUGAUGCAUGCUGUCCAGCUGUAUCAAGCGCUGCGGCAAGAAGGAAUCCUUGAGGAACAGGAGAAGAGAGCGGACCUUGAAUUCAUUAUGAAGAUCCAAGGGAACUCGGCAUUCUUUGUGGGAAAUCCUCCAACAUCUCUUGAGGCCUAUUCCAAAAACUUUGCACUCACCAAGGGAAUCUCAGCGACGCAUUGGUUACCCAAUCGCAGCACUAAGAACAAAAAGAUCCCGAUGUCUCGGGCUGGUAUCAGAACCAUCAACUACCAGGCUAGGGCAUCUAUGGCCUUUGCUCAAACGUUCAUAGUUGACUCGGAUUCAAGAGGGCUCAAUGUCGAAGUGGUUGAUCUCAUUCUCGACAGCAGUGGAUGGUACAAGAAACAUGAUUCCGACGGAAUUCGGGAGCUUGAGUCCGCAAGCACGAAUGAUGAAAAAGACUCGAUCAAGAACAAGAGAAAGGUGCGUGAUAAUUCAAUUUAG